AUGGCUGAUAAAGUGAGAUCCGAUCCUUUAAUUAAGCCCAAGGAUAUUGUCAAGCAUUUCAAGCAUGAUUAUGGGUUUGAUAUUCCUUAUCACAUGGCAUAUAGGGGCAAAGAGGCUGCUAAUAAGACGUUACAUGGUAGUGAAGCAUUUGGGUAUUCUCUAUUGCCUUGGUAUAUUGACACAUUAAAGAGAACUAACUCCGGUUCAUAUUGCAUCCUUGACUCUCUUGAUAAUCGUUUUCGUCGAUUGUUUAUAUCUUAUGGGGCUUGCAUAAACGGCUUCAAAUAUUGUCGACCUAUGCUGUUCCUUGAUGGGACUUUUAUUAAAAACAAGUAUAAGGGGAUGCUAUUGGGUGCUUGUGCUAAAACAGGGAACAAAGAUGUUUUCCCAUUUGCCUUUGCCAUUGUUGAUGCUGAAAGUAAAGAGAAUUGGAGGUGGUUCCUUGAACAUUUGGCAAUAAUCUUAGCGAGUGACUACCGGACUAUUGUAUUCAUGACAGACCAUGGAGCUGGUCUUUUGGAUGGUGUGAAAGAGGUGUUUCCAAAUGCGCCGCACUCCUAUUGUAUCAAGCAUCUAGAGGACAAUUUGAAUGGCAGGUAUCCAUGUUCCUAUGGUUCUACUUUUAAGGAACACAUUGUGAGAUUGUUUACACAAGCUGCAUAUGCUAGGACUUUAGAUAUCUUCAAUGAAAAGUUGGCAGAAUUUAGGAAGUAA